AUGGAAAGACUGGAGUCCUGGCGCCUCGACAAUGCCACUGACGUGGACGAACAAAUUGAGGAUGUACUGAUACAUCCAGAAAGCACCGGUGGAAUUCAAUUCCAAGUCAUCAAUACGCCUGUUGUGUUCAGCAGUUGUCCAACUGUUCCCACGGCCGUCUAUGCGAGUCAGUGGGUGGACGCGACCACCGCCAAGAUCGCCAUCAGUGCACCGUCUGAUUGA